AUGAUCCACGGGCCGUGUGGCACGCUAAACCCAAACAGCCCAUGUAUGGUGGACAACAGUUGUUCGAAAAAGUUUCCAAAAGAAUUCAGCGAAGAGACUGUAUACAUUUCUGACGGUGGUUACCCGAAGUACCGCCGGCCAAACAACGGACCUGUGGCCAGGGUCAGAAAUCAAGAGGUCAGCAACGAGUUUGUCGUGCCUUACAAUCCGUACCUGUUAGCAAAAUAUGAUGCACACAUUAACGUAGAGGUAUGCUCUACUGUGAAGAGUGCUCAGUAUUUGUAUAAAUACGUAUAUAAAGGGCACGAUGCUGCGACCAUGGAAGUAUGGAACGGAAAUGAAAUAGAGACAGAUCAACAAAACCAACAUUUAUGUUUCAUAAAUUCGAGGUACGUUAGCCCACCAGAAGCCAUCUGGAGGUUGUUUGCGUAUAAACUACACGACAUCAGUCACACGGUAGUUAGACUUCCGGUGCACCUAGAAAACUACCACAACGUGUACUUUGCGCGUGGACAAGAACUACAGGGGUUACAAAACCACGCCCUACCUCACACAAAACUCACGGCGUUCUUCGCGCUCAACGAGAGAAACGUUGAUGCCCGACAGUAUCUGUACCACGAGAUACCGAUACAUUACAUUUGGCAAGCAUCGUCAAAAGAGUGGAGACUGCGGCGUAGACAGGCACCUCGCGAGACGUUAGCUCGGAUGUACGUCGUCAACCCACUAGAUAGAGACCGUUUUCAUCUACGACUGCUACUCUUAAACAGAAGAGGCCCGCGGUCUUUCCAAGACUUGAAGACGGUAAACGGGGUCGUACAUGCCACAUACGCGGCCGCAGCCGUUGCGUUGGGAUUGUUGGAAGACGACGAAGCGUGGCGGGCGUGCUUGACAUAA